AGAGUAUCUUCAAGCCUAGUGCCGAUGGCACUCGUUGAUAUUCGUGGUCGGGAUACGGCAGCGAGCGGCGAGCCUCUCUCUCCGUCCGCGUCUUUCAUUUCGGAGAUGUCUUUCCGAAGGCAUCAUCAUUUGUGAACGGGAAUGCCGUUUUGUUCACUGUUGCUUCGCGAGCCGUGACACGACACGCUCACGUAAACGCCCGUAAUGCUAAAUUUAGUUCUCGCGUAUCGAAAUCGCACAGUAUAUUCUUCUACCGUGGCAUUGGGCUUGCCACACGCGCGCGUACGUUGUGCCACGAAACGAAAGGUUCCUUGUGUAUUAGGCGACCGUCCUAUUAGUCGAAUUAGGACAUUGACCUUUAAGGGACUUGUGCGUAUCUUUGAACAGCGCGUGUAAAAGAUUCGGCAGAAGUACGUCCAGUCGAACAAUGAUUGACAAUCCAAUGAUCUUGGCAGGACAUAUAAAACGGAAAGUUUUAAAAGAUGCAGCGGGAAAAUGUUGUAUUAAUCACUUUUUUAAAUAGAAUACAUAAACAAUGUCGCUUAAAAGCAUUUUAGUUUAUCUGGGAAAAAAUUUAAAAUUAUACGUUAUAGUUUUGAGAAUAGUAGAGAAAGCAGCAAAAAAUGUUUAGACUGCCGAAUAGUUGUAAACGGAUAUGUCACAGAGAACUGUUAGUUUUUUCUCUCAAAAAAAUUGCCUGCGAGCAGUGCCUAUUUGCCGAUUACUGCGGUAAAAGAUGUUUAAAUGUUGAUGAUAAGCCGCGCAUAAAUAACAGCCUAAGUGACUUCCUGUUGAGUUGCAUUUCGUUCGCUUGUGGCUACGUGGAAGAAACUCAGCAUUGCUUUUCACACAUUUCCCGAUGAGAGAUGCAAACCAACGCUAAUUACCAACACAUACUUAGGCAAAUGUUAAACUUAUACUAUUCGCGCCGAAAAUGGAUUUUUCUGAUCACGCUGAUUUCGUGCGUUGUUCUCAUUAUUCUUGUCACGAAGUAUCCGUUUGUUGAAAAUAAUACAAUAGUACGCGAUACGUACCUGGACGAUGUACCGGCAAAUUUAUAUCAAACAGUGUUGGACACAUGGUACAACUUUUCCAAUAAUGAAAAAUGGUACAACAAGAAGAAUAUAUCCGCCCUGAGCUCAAAAGCCUUUCAUGAUUUAUUGGCUGAUAUUCAUCAAAAUUGGAUAAUAUGGAAUCAUAAUCCGAAAGAAUCAUAUGUGCUUCAAGAACCAGAUGUGGAAGAUCCGUCGAUGGGACAGUCAACUGCGAUACGCGAAAUUUUAAACGAUAAGAAAAAUGGAUUUUUCAUAGAAUGUGGCGCAUACGAUGGGGAAAUACGUAGCAACACAUUGUUUCUGGAGCGGUUUAGAGGAUGGUCAGGUCUUUUGAUAGAAGCUGAUCCUAUUAAUUUCACGAAGAUGUUGCAAAAGAAUAGAAAGGCCUAUCUCUCGCCAACGUGUCUUAGCAUUACUAAGAAUCCUACGGUGGCAUCCUUUCUCAUGGCCAGGAAUGUGGGUCGUCUACAUGAACCCGAGAACAGGACGGAGGAUAUGCCCGUAAAUACGCUCGACGUGGCUUACACGGGCAAGCACGUCCGCGUGCAAUGCUUUCCAUUAACACAUUAUAUCGCCGCGUUGGAAAUCAAAACGAUCGAUUAUUUCAGCCUCGACAUAGAAGGCAAUGAGAUCGACGUAUUAGAAACAAUACCAUUUAACGAGGUGGACAUAAAGACUCUUUCUGUGGAAUAUAUACACAAUAAAAAAGGACGAAAAUACCUGGUCGAUAUGAUGGAACGUCAGGGGUACUAUGUUUACAGUUUAGUCACGCAUCCGGACAACUUGGCGAACGAUAUUAUUUUUGUAAAGCGCAACACGUGACGAGUAAAUACAAAUAGA